AGCUCUCAGCACCAACAGCGGCAACGGCGCCGGUAGGCUUCCUGGAGAUAUUAAUGGAAAGCUUCUCCAAAAUACUGGAAUAUCGGGUGUUACCGCUCCAUCAUCUAACAAUACCAGGGCUAGUUCAAGCCAACAAGGCACACACAGCCCGGAUAUUGGUAGUGUUGGCGGUGGCUUAAGCGAAGGAGUUGGCACAGAGUCCCUAAGGAAGAACGGCAGUGAUAUCAAUGCCAGCGGUCCAUUAAUAAACGGCUCCAAUGGCCAUCUUAAACCCAAAGUCGAAAAUUCUGCUGGUGCCAGUACCAUGACUUCUCGUGGAAGUGGCAGUGACAAUAGCAUUCCUGUCGGCAAUCAAACGGUCGGUAAUGGUGCGCUAGGAGCAGGCACUGGCGGACUACCCAGGCAACCAAGUGCUGGCUCUCCUACGAGCACAGUGGCAGGUGGGCCAGAAAAUUCCGGUGGUUUAAGCCCGGCUACAUCCAGCUCUGUUAGUGUAGUCGGAACUAGUUCUCCUGGAAGCGGUACGAGCAUCAAUACUACUAAUGCACCCACCGUAGAAGUUACAAGCAGUACACAUACCACAGGAACUGGUGGAAAUCCAGGCAUUACCGGAACGGGCACAAAUGCAAGCAGUAGCAGCGGGAUAUCUGCCGUAACCGCUAGCGUCUCUGGUGGGGGUGGGUCUUCAGGUGGCGAAAGAGCUGCUACUGGUGUCGGUACCAAUGUUGGCGUUGUAAGUGGGGCUGGUCCUGAGGGUAGGGUUAGUACAGCACAUCCAAGUGGCGAAAGAAUUGGUCAUUCGCUUAGCAGCGGUGGUGCAGGAGUCGGAACAACUCCUGAAGCCACCGGAAUUUCAGUUACUGGAGGGGGGCCAUCUGGUGCUUCGACAGCUUCCACUACUGUUAACACCGCGGUAACUACCGGAGGCGGCGGAAUGAGUGCAGGUAUAAGUGGUACAGGGCAUACAGGCAAUGAAGGAGCCGGAGGUACCUCAUCUCGAGGUACGACUGGAAUCACCAGCACAGGACAGCCAAAUGAAAGCGGCCAUAGCCUUAGCAGCAUCGCAAGAGCCGGAUCUGCAGGUAGUGCCAUAGGUACGGGUACAAGCUAUGGCACUGGCUUUGGACUUACUCCAGGAUACAGGGCAGGUCCUAUUUCAGGGAGCAAUAUACCAGUCAGUUUCGGUGGUGCUUACGGUACUGGGGCAAAUGGCUUUGGUAGCACUGGCAGUGGACCAUGGGGCCCAGCAGGUGGCGCGUAUAGUGGAAUGAGUCCAGGCUAUGGAAACGCUGGAAGCUUUGGGAAUAUGCCGGGCGUGCAGCCCUAUGGCGGGGCAGGUCGUUAUGGUAGUAAUGCACGAUUGCCCGGAGACUUUGGUAUCUACGAGGAUGAUAUCUUCUUUCAAGAAUAAGAAAAAUCUCUCACAGCGGAUAAAGCACCAAAAAUUCGCUCGAAGUCUUGAAAUAUAGAGUGCAUAAAAUAUGGUAUAUACUUUUGUUCAUUGAUUUCAUUCUUCUACAUAAAACAUUUUAUGCUGUUGCAAUGAUUUGUCCUGCCCUGUCACACCAGCAUGAAAUAAAUUUGAAACGUGUC